AUGCAGACAAAAUUCUUUAUUUUUGCUGGUCUUCUAGCCGUCCUGUUUCUUUUUCAUUUCAACACUGUUGUUGAAUCAACAUCGGUCGCAAACAGUGAUGAACAAUGGAAUGGCAUAAGCUCUGAAGACUAUGAUUUUGAAAAACGUCUUGCCUCAGCAAAAUUCGCAAGUGGACUUGGCAAACGAUUAUCCUCAGCUAAAUUUGCUUCGGGUCUUGGAAAACGUCUAUCAUCGGCUAAAUUUGCUUCGGGUUUGGGCAAACGACUUGCAUCAGCUAAAUUUGCAUCUGGCUUGGGCAAAUGA